AUGGCUCGACAAGCCACAAGACUAAUAACUAAUCUGUCUUCAAAGCUCUGCCCUAGCAAACCCACCUUCACUUCUGAAUCUUUUUUAUUGCCGUCGUCAUAUUUAAAGUCGCAAACCCGAUAUUUUGGAUCGCCUCCGCCUCCACCUCCACCUGCGGUGUUCGUCGACAAGAAUACUCGCGUCAUUUGCCAAGGCAUCACCGGCAAGAAUGGCACCUUCCACGCUGAACAAGCCAUCGAAUACGGCACCAAAAUGGUUGGAGGGGUUACGCCAAAAAAAGGUGGAACAGAACACUUGGGACUCCCUGUUUUCAACACAGUUGCAGAAGCAAAGGCUGAAACAAAAGCUAAUGCAUCAGUGAUAUAUGUUCCUCCUCCUUUUGCCGCAGCAGCUAUUAUGGAGGCAAUGGAGGCUGAAUUAGAUCUGGUUGUGUGUAUCACAGAAGGAAUUCCUCAGCAUGACAUGGUAACCUAG